GAUAAAGUGCGGCGGCUCGGCGGGACGCGGCGCAGAGCAGCGGCAGCAUGAAGUCCCGCACAGACGGCUGCGCCUCCGAGCUGGACACCGACACGGACAGCUCCGACGGGAAGUCCACGGGCGGCCGCAGCCCGCCCAGGGAGUCCGGGGAGAGGCUGGGGGAGGAGGCGGGGAGCGGCGGCCCCUACGCCGGGAGGAGGAGGCGGCGGCGGCGGAGCGGCAGAGACGCGCGGAUCCCCGGCGCCAGCAAACAGCGGCAAGCGGCGAACGCGCGGGAGCGCGACCGCACGCACAGCGUGAACACGGCGUUCACCGCGCUGCGCACGCUGAUCCCCACCGAGCCGGCCGACAGGAAGCUGUCCAAGAUAGAGACGCUGCGCCUGGCCUCCAGCUACAUCUCCCACCUGGCCAACGUGCUGCUGCUGGGGGAGGAGUGCCGGGACGGGCAGCCCUGCCUCCGCUACCAGGACCUGCUGCUGCGCGGCCCCGCGGCGCUCAGCGCGCCCUCCCUGCGGCCGAUCUGCACCUUCUGCCUGAGCAACCAGAGGAAACAGCUCAAAGACGUCGCCAAACACUCGUCUUCUGUGUGAAGCAGAGCCGCUCCAGACGGACCGGGAGCCCACCUGGAUGUUUUACUCUCCAAACUUUGUAAAUACAUAUUUAAGUUUUGACCGGACCGCAGGACAGAAGAGACUGAAGGACAAGCGCUUUCUGUCCAGCCUGGUGCGUCGCUGGACCUCAGUGUUUUGACGGAGCUGUAACCUGAGCCGGAGUGUGCCGCUGCACCUGACGUGGGGCUAUUUUAGACCCCACCGAUAGUACAAACUACCCCCUGACCCACCACUAACAGGACCCCCACGUGUACCUCCUAA